AUAAAGCCUUUUUUUUGGCACUUUAUAUUUAAUAGUUUAUUUAAGUAUAUUUUGAUGUAAAUGCAUCUGUACUUUUAUUUUAGUAAAGUUUGAAUGCUUUUCUUUACUUCAUUUGUAGCGGAGCAUUUCUACACUGUACCGGCUGUUUGACCAAUAAAGUUAUUUGAACCACGUGAUCAACACUGUCAUGGCUGCGCCCUCGUGUCAUGCGUGGUUGUCAACAUUUGUAGCCACAAAUUGACAUUUAAAAAGGCACAUUCAGUCAAGGUAGUACUGGUUUCAUUGUUUUUCCUUGUGGAUGUCGUAUUGUCGUUUAUGGUUUACCAAGCCGAGCGAUCUGGUGUUUGUGCGAUCAUUUAAUAAAUAGUUAGAGUGGCUCGGCACUUAGCUGCUGGCUAAGUCAACGCACACGUAACUCAGUUUGAAGGGGAGAAAUUCAACAUAUUGUCGUAACUCAGCUUUGUAGGAAAAUGAAGACAAAGAAGAUGAAUCCCAGAAACAAGCGUGUAUCUUCCGCACUGCAAAAAACAAAGAAAAAGCGUAGCAUCCACGUGAAAGGAAAAUGGGAAGCUGUGGAGCUGGAUCCAAGCCUCUUCUCCGAGGAGGGCAUGGAGGGGCUGGUGUGUUUUGAAGAGCUGACAGAUUAUCGUCUGAUAGACUCUGAGAAGGCUGCAGCUAAAGCAGAAAAGGAGCUGAAAAAGAAGGAGGAGAAGAAGAAAAAGAAGAAGGAGAAAGCGAAGAAAAGGAAAGCCAGCGAGGGAGAGGAGGAAGGAGAGAAGGUGGACGUGGAGAGCAAAGAGACAGAAACAACAGGUGAACCAGCGAAGAAAAAAGCCAAAAAUAAGAAAAAGAAAAAUAAGAAACUGACUGCAAAGGAUUCGGAGCAACCAGAUAACACUUCUGCAGAAGUGACACUGGAUGAUUCAGCUGCAGGUGAGGAGGAUAAAAAAGAAGAAGCAGUAGCUUCAGAAGAUGCAGCAGUCAGUUCAGAACCUGAAGCCCAAUCAAAACUCACAAAGAAGAGCAACAAAAAGAAGAAAAAGAAACAGAAGCAACAGAUAGAAGCUGAUAAAACUUCAGAGGAGCAGCCAAACCAUCAGUCUCCAUCAGAGCUUCAGACUCUGGAAGAAGAAAAAGAAGAAGAAAAAUCUACUCCAGAUAAAGUGACAAAGCCCCCCAAAAGCAAAAAGCAGAUAAAGAAUUGGACAAAUGCAGCACUUUCCGGCUCUGAAGACAAAAAAGCGGAUGUGAGUGCUUGGAAAGACCUGUUUGUUCCGGCCCCUGUGCUCAAGGCACUGAGCAGUCUUGGAUUUAGUUCACCGAGCCCCAUACAAGCCCUGGCUCUGCCUCCAGCCAUCAGGGACCGUAUGGAUGUGCUCGGGGCGGCUGAGACAGGAAGUGGGAAGACAUUGGCUUUUGGUAUUCCCAUGAUCCACGCCAUCCUGCAGUGGAGAAACGGUUCAGAAGAGCCUGCUGAUAACGCUGAAUCAGCCACACAGGUGGAGAGUUUGUAUCUACCAGCUGUAGAGAAGUCCACAAAAGAAGAAGACGAAGAGGACGACAUGGAUGCUGAGGGAGAAGAGGGUGAAAGCAUCACAGAGGAGGACCAAGGUGACACACAGGAGACCCUGGACACAGAUGACAGUGAAGAGGAGUGUGAUGGCAUGGACGGCCAGGAGGACGAUGAGAGGCUUGGGUGUGUUCAAGUAAUCAAAGAUGCAGAGUUUGACUUCAACCCCUCCGCUGAAGCAGAAGAAGAAGCUGCAGGAGGGCGGAGUCAGCCUCUUCUCGGACUGGUGCUCACUCCCACCAGGGAGCUGGCUGUUCAGGUCAAGCACCAUAUUGAUGCUGUUGCUAAAUUUACAGACAUCAAAACAGCUAUUGUGGUGGGUGGGAUGGCACAGCAGAAACAAAGAAGAAUGCUUAAGCGAAGACCAGAGAUCGUAAUUGCCACUCCUGGACGCCUGUGGGACUUAAUCCAGGAGAGGCAUCCUCAUCUGAUGAAUUUACGACAGCUCAAGUGCCUGGUCAUUGAUGAAGCUGAUCGCAUGGUAGAGAGAGGCCACUUUGCAGAGCUGGAGAGUCUGCUGGAGAUGCUCAACACUGUGCACUUUAAUCCCACAAGGCAAACGUUUGUGUUCUCUGCCACGCUGACCAUGGCUCGCAGCCUGCCCACCCGCGUCCUGCAGAAGAAGAAGAAGAAUGUGGACCAGAGGAGCAAGCUGGAAAUUCUCAUGGAGAAAGUCGGGAUCAAGUCCAAACCCAAAAUCAUCGACCUGACCAGGAAGGAGGCGACUGUGGAGACCCUGACCGAGACCCGAAUCCACUGUCAGAAGGACGAGAAGGACUUCUACCUUUAUUACUUUUUGCUCCAGUAUCCUGGCCGCACCAUGGUGUUCGCCAACAGCAUAGACUGUAUCAAGAGACUGAACUCCCUGCUGGUUAUCUUGGACCGUACUCCACUGCCCCUCCAUGCCAACAUGCACCAGAAACAACGCCUCAAAAACCUGGAAAGGUUUGCUGAGAGGGAGAGUUGUGUUUUGCUGACGACUGAUGUGGCGGCGAGGGGACUGGACAUUCCCAAUGUUCAGCAUGUUAUUCACUACCAGGUUCCCAGGACGUCUGAGACUUACGUCCAUCGGAGCGGCAGAACAGCAAGAGCCACCAGAGAGGGUCUCAGUUUGCUGCUAAUAGGCCCAGACGAUAUGAUGAACUACAAAAAGAUCUAUAAGGCUCUUGGGAAGGAUGAGGAUCUUCCCAUGUUCCCCAUCGAGAUCAAAUGCAUGGAAGCCAUCAAGGAGCGGGUAAAUUUGGCCAGAAAGAUAGAGAAGAUUGAGUUUCACAACAGCAGAGAGAAGCAGCACAACUCCUGGUUCAAACAAGCAGCAGAAGCCCUGGAGGUGGAUCUGGAUGAUGACCUUUUAAUUGGUGGAGUAAAGGAUGAGGAGGACGACAGGGAGCAGCAGAAGGUGGUCAAAGGGAUGAAAAAGCAUUUGAAGCAUCUGAUCUCACAGCCUGUAUUCAAGAAUUUGAAUAAGAGCAAGUACCCCACUCAGAUGGGAAAGCUCUCCGUGCCUUACCUGCCUCACACUGGGAGGGAAAGUGCCCUCACCAGGGUCUCUAUACAGAAGAUGAAACAGAAGUUAAAGACAGGUGCACCACCACAGCAGAAAAAGAAGAAAGAAGAAAAGCAGCAGCAGUGACAUGUUAAUGGAACGUGUAUUUAGAGGCAAUCUUUAACAGGAUUUAUGUAUUUGUUACAUACAUUCAGUUCAUUUAAAUCGUAAUUGCACAAUGUGCAAAGAAAAUGUAUUUAAAUGUUGUUUAAUCGCUGUACACUGCAAGGCUUGAUAAAAAAAUCUGUUUUCACAAGCGUC